AUGGAUCAACCAGGAAUGAAUCAAUCAGGUAUGACACAGCCAAGUGUAAGCCAACCAGUUAUGAGUCCACCAGGCCUGAUCCCACACAACAUGCAAGAACCAGGACCAAGUCAACCAUACAUGAACCAACCAAGCACAGAUCAACCAGGCAUGAACAAACCAGAUGUGACAAGAUCAGACUCAAGCCAACCAGAUAUAAAUCAACCAGGCCAGGGCCAACUCAAUAUGAAACAAUCAUGGUCAAGCACGAACCAACCAGGCAUGUACAAAACAGACCUGAGCCAACAAAGUAUGAGGGAGUCAGACUCAAGAAAUGGUAUGAAACAACCAAGCGCAAGUCAAUCAGGUAUGAGUCAAGCAGGAAUAUGGCAGCCAGGCCCACCCACUCCCAGUAUGAAGCCAAUAAACACAUGGCAAUGGGAUCCAGAGUAUUCAGGCAGGGGACCACAAGACAUGUGGCAAAUAACCCAAAGUAAUCAAGGAACAAGGGAAUCAGAUACAGUGCAACAGGACCCAUGCUAUGCAGGACAGAAACAGACAGAUACCUGGAAACAGGACCCACGUUAUCCAGGAAUGAAAGAAAUAGAACCAUGGCAAUGGGGACCAAGCCCUCCAAGCGUGAGAUCAGAUACAUGGCAGUGGGGCUCAGACCAUCCAGGCAGCAAACAAUCAAAUGCAUGGCAACCACAACUAAGUCACUCACUCACCAGACAAUUCGACUUGGGACAAGCGGGUCCUAUUGAAUUAGGGAUGAAGCAAUCUGAUACAUGGCAACCAGUCCCUAGUCAACAAAGCAAGAGACAAUCAAGCAUAGGGCACCAGGGCCCUGGCCAACAAACGAUGAGACAUUCGGUCACAUGGCAAGCAGGUCCUUGCCCACUAGGAAAGAAACUGUCAGGUACAUGGCAAGUGGGCCUCAACCAAUCAGGUACGGAGCAGUUCAACAUUUGUCCAACAGGCUUUGGCCAACAGUUCAGCAUGUGCCAAUCAGGCCACAGCCAAUCAAGCAUGAAAGAGGUGGACACCUGGCAAUCAGGCACCAGUCAGCCAGACAUGAAAGAUCUGGAUGUAUGGCAAUCAGGCACCAGCCAACCAGGCAUGCAACACAUGGAUCCAUGGCAAUGGGGUUCCAAUUACUCAAGCAAGACACAAUCAGACAAAUGGUCACCAGACCCCAACCCUCUGGAUAUGAGAAAAUUGGAUUCAUGGCAACCAGACCAACCUGUCAUAAAAUAUUCAGACUCAGGGCCAUGGGGUCCAAGCCACUCAGAUAUGAGACAAUCAGAUUUAUGGCAACCAAGCCCCAGUCAAUUAGGCACAAGACAAUUUGAUGCAUGGCAGCAAAAUCCCAGCAUGCCUGGUGUGAGACAAUUGUACACAUGGCAACCAACCCCAAGUUUCUCAGGCACAAGACAAUCAGAAAAAUGGCAACCCUGUCAUAGCAACUUAAGCAUGGAACAUUCAGAUACUUGGGAACCAUUGUCAAGGCAAUCAGGAGCCACUCAAUUAGAUAUAAACCAAUUAGAUAUAAACCAACCUGAUGACACCCAAUCAAGCCAAGAAGGAAAAACACAAUCAGAUAAAUCACAACCAAAUCCAAGUAAUCCAGAGAUAAAAGAUGAUUCAUUAGACACUACCCAAUCAGACUCAAGUCAACUAGGCAUAAGCCAACCAGGUGCAAGUCAUUUUGAGCCAGGUGAAUCAAGCACGAGUGAUUUAAAUGAAGGUCAACAAAGAAUGGCACAAUUGGCCAUGAAAAACGAAAAUACUUGUUCUUUCUACAUAAGACCUGCUGAGCCUCAAGACUGCCCAGACAUCCUGAGAUUGAUUAAAGAACUGGCUUCCUAUGAAGGUGUGCAAGAAAAAGUGUCAGUAACAGAAAUGGAUUUAUUCAGGGAUGGUUUUGGGGAAAAACCACUUUUCUACUGCCUGAUUGCUGAAGCGCCCAGUAAACAAACAGAAUCAGGAGUCAAAACUAUUGGAUUUGCUAUGUACUACUUCACGUAUGACCCACGGAUUGGCAAACUGCUUCACCUAGAGGAUUUUUACAUCACUGAAGACUAUCAAGGUCUAGGUAUUGGGGCUAACAUGCUGAAGAAGCUAAGUCAGAUAGCCAUCAACACCGAAUGUUGUGGCAUGCAGUUUCUUGUCAUCAUUUGGAAUCAGGAUUCUGUUGAGUACUACACUCGCCUAGGGGCUUUAGACCUUUCUUGUGAGGAAGGCUGGCAUUUGUUCAGAUUUAACAUGGAAGAUCUCCUGGAACUUGCAGAGGAAGAAUGA